CUGACAACCCCCUCCUGCUUACAUCUUCCCCUUCGACCUGAAUUGACUACACGCAACUGCCGAUUGAAUACUAUGAAGCCUUUCACGCAAUUCGAUCCUGAGUGGAUCAAUAUGCAACAGCAGCACGAGGCAGAACGUAGACAUUUUCAACGCCGCAUCGAAGCAGAAAAGGUUGCGUUGAUUGCGAAACAAGUUAAAGAAGAUGGUGACUACUGGGGCAGAUAUGCCCAGAAGUUGGCAACUGCACCUGGACCAGUUGCAUCCAAGGCACAGCUAGAAACCACCAAGUCAGGCGCUGCACCGACCUGUGCAGCGAGUAAAGUGACCCUGCCUCAACCAGAUCUUUCGACGACGAAGCGAGCGUUGCCAAACACUUGCGACAGUCAGAAGCAGGGCAGGAAAGCGGGGAUGAUCGCCACUGCAGCACCGCAGCAAGCAGGGCAGGCACCGAAGCAGUCGCGUCAAUCUCAGAGAACCCAACAGCCGACUGAACAAGCAGCAAUGAGUUCAAGAGGAGCUCCGCGACCUACGCCAAAGCAAAUCAAGCCGAAGGCGGCUGCAUUGCAAAGCAAGUCAGUCUCUGGUGAAAACGAGGAAGUCAUCGAUCUAUGCUCGAGUGACGACGAUAUGCUGGUCGAAGUCUCAAAGGCCGCAUAUGAAAAGAAAGCCACCGCUCGGACGCUCGAUAUCCCCGGUGUACCCUCUGCGACUUCAAAACUCUUUGGCAGAAACAAUCAUAAUCCUUCAGUAAGUCCUCUGUCUUCCUUUCCACAAUGCUUGUUUCUAAUUUUAGCAGCCAAUUCUAGGUCCAUCGUCCAUAAAGCAGGAGAAGCCAAAGGCUCAGACGCAACCACACUUUCCUCAGCCUGCCCACGACAACAUCGGCAAUCGGAAUCACGACUUUGCGCCACCAGUGCUCAGUAUGGAGCCACUACUUCAUCAUCAUCCCAGCAAUCUCAGCCUGCUUCUCAGGCAGCGCUUGGGGCAGUGCCUCCUAGAGUCCAGACCAAUGCGACUCUCAUCAGUACCCUGCGCGCACAGGAGACUGGAAAGCUAUUUGCAGAUAAUGUCACGAACCUUGUUAACAGCCAUCUCUCGCCAUCGCAGCAGAAACAGCGAAUCUAUGGCUCUACCACUCGCGCUCUUGGAAACGCACGAAUAGAACCUCUUGCAUCAGAUACAUCCAGUGUGCCCAAGAAGAAGAUCUAUGAUGAGGAUGUUCAUGUGGAGGAUGUGCCGACCGCGCUUCUCAGAUCCAAUGUCACAAUCAAUAGGCUGCAUACACCUGUGUGCAACAACAACGGUCUGGACACGAAGACGUCCCCUCUAGAAGCAGGAAGACAUUCAAUCUUCAAUAAGAAUCCGGAGAAGACACAUUUGCCAAGUCCUUCGCCGUCACUUGCUUCUGCGCCACAUACGCCAGUAGAAGAUGAGGCGGAAUCCUUGCUGAACAUGUUCAAGAAGCCUCAACCCCCUUUGACGUCAAGACAUCCUUCUAAUUCCAUUGCGAGAUCUCGAGCUUCCAGCCACACUCUGGCAGAGACUCCAAACCCAGGUCAGGCCUCAACAAUCCGUCGACAAGCGUCUGUUGCUUCAAAAACAUCCAUAGUAUCGACUUCCAGCAGGAAGAGAAAGCAGGUAGACUUGAGCGAUGAGGAGCAAUCCAAUUACGCGCCAUCAGAAGCUCCGACGUCUGCAGCAUGUAGUAAGCCUACCAUUACUCUCGGCCCGCCCCACAAGAAGCCUUCGGUACCCAUCAAGUCAAAGGUAGGCUCAAAACAUGGUCCAGUAUCUGAGCUGCCAUCAUCAUCUGGAAGAAAGAAGACGAGUACGUUUGGCUCUCGAUCAAAAGCCAUCUCGGCGUUCAACGACACUCCAGUAACGCCACCUCGCUCAUCUACUACGACAUCUACGCCCAAAACACCUGUUACGCCGAUCCGAAGCAAAAAAGAUGCACAUGAGAACCCCUUCGAAACUACACCAAGCAAGCGCAAGGCUGCAAUCCGUGCUGAGUCCAAGAUACAGAAGAUAAGACAAGCAGACGAGCUAUUCCACACCGAAGAGGAGAUUCUCCAAGCUACAGCGAAGGAACAUCGCCGGAACGCUGCUGGCACAGACCAGCUCCAUACGCGUAUGAGAAGCAUGAGCAUCACCGCCGUCCCGAUCGGCCCACCCUUUGACACACCGGGCGCUGCAGCGGUAUCUGACAAAUCUGCACGUGCCGACGAUACUUUCGUUGUAUCUAAGAAGAAAGACGGUCUAGAUCCCAAGAAGAAACUUCUGAAGGGAAAAGCCACUGAAGGCCGACGUGCGACGCGUAACAUUGAUGAGGUCAUUGGCGAUGGUAGUGAUGAGGACGCGGACUACCUUGAAGAUUUGCGCUCAGGGUCAGGAGGGGAGGAUGUCGACGAUGUAGGGUGA